AUGCCAACGAUUCCCCCUAUGCCAAAGCUACCACUGGGGUUUCUCGGACCCCAGGCCAAGUUUAAAACUUUCAAACUAGACAUAUUUAGCCAUACGAACUCAAUUAUCCGUCUUUUCAAUGGGAAUCAAGUGACAAUACGAAUAGGAUACACCUAUCCGACGCUAAUGGAUUUCGAAUUGCAGAAUGCUGAUACGGGCAGAGAUGGGUCGAAGUACGUUUACAAGGAAAUUGACGAAGACGAACAAGUUGUGAAAUUCAACAUCACUUUACCCAGGAAAGGAUCGUGGAAGUUCAUGAUUUUCGCUCAACCCGUGCAUGACGAAGCCGGCGGAUCAGGCCUGGAAAACGUUUACAAUUACCUAUUACUGUGUGCGAGAAUCAGCAAAAAAGCCAAGCCCUACCCCAGACAAUCUAAAGAAUGGCGGGAAGGUUUUGCCUUACGCUCUCCUACGGACAUCGGCCCGGAUAAAGCAGGCACUGAGGUCAGUUUCAGCUUGACCAUUCCUAACGCCUCGGGGGUGUCUGUGGUGAUUGAUCAAGAAUGGACAGAACUUGAGAGAAUGUCGUCACAAAGCAAUGAGUGGUCCGGUAAAGUGUUUCUUCACAAACGAUACUUCGGUUACGGUGAGAAGGUAUCCGUUAAUGUGAGGUUUCAAGAAAACUGCCCAUCAUAUGCAACAGUGUUAGAAUAUACCAUAUAA